UUGGGCCGGGCCAAAGCACCGGGGAACGCUGUGACACUGCGAACGAUUUGCUGGAGAGGGGCUGCCCGCCAGGGCAGGUGGAGGACCCUCGGGGUGAGGUGGUCCUGUGGCGUGACCACAACGUCACUUCUCGAACCCGGGACCAGAUGCACGGGCCCCGGGACAUCAUUCAGCUGCAGCCACAGGAAGUCCUGAUGCGUCUAAGGCCAGGUGAACCCCAGACCUUCGAGGUGAAGUUCAAGCGAGUGGAGGACUACCCCAUUGACCUGUAUUACCUCAUGGACCUCUCCUUCUCUAUGGAGGAUGACCUGCCAAACGUGAAAAAGCUGGGAACAGACCUGAUGGAGGAGAUGAAAAACAUCACGCAGGAUUUCAGAAUGGGGUUCGGCGCGUUCGUGGACAAAACGGUGCUCCCCUUUGUCAGCACCACCGAGGACAUGCUGCGGAACCCGUGCAAGACGCAGGGCCGGCAGGUCUGCGCCCGGGCCUUCAGCUUCCGCCACGUCCUGGGCCUCACCCGCAACGGGAGCCUCUUCGGCGAGCUGGUGGGCCGCCAGCGCAUUUCGGGAAACCUGGACCUGCCCGAGGGGGGGCUGGACGCUCUGAUGCAGGUCGCCGCGUGCGAGGAGCACAUCGGUUGGAGGAACGUGACGCGGCUCCUGGUGUUCUCCACCGACGCCGGAUUCCACUUUGCAGGAGACGGGAAACUGGGCGGCAUCGUGCUGCCCAACGAUGGGAAAUGCCAUCUGGAGAACAACAUGUAUCCCAUGAGUGACCUCUAUGACUAUCCCUCUGUCGCUCACUUGGCUGAGAAGCUGAAGGAGAAAAACAUCCAGACCAUAUUUGCUGUGACCCAGGAUGUCUUACACCUGUAUGAGGGUCUAAAAGAUAUCUUCCCUAAAUGCGCUGUUGGAACUCUGUCAGAUGACUCCCACAAUAUCCUGCAGUUGAUCGUUGAUGCUUACGAUGCCCUGACCUCAGAGGUCAUCAUGGACCACAGCGGGCUGCCCGCGGGCUACCAGAUAGCGUUCAGCUCCUUCUGCAAGGACCACGUGCUCCGGACCGGGGAGGAUGGGCGGAAGUGCUCAAACAUUUCCAUCGGUGAUGAGGUGAACUUCCAGGUGACCAUCACGGUGACAGGGUGUGAGGUUGGCGGGUCCCACCUGAUCAUCAAACCCCAGGGCUUCAGCGAGGAGGUGGAGGUCUUCCUGGAGCCGGUGUGCGAGUGUAGCUGCUCCUGGAACGGCGAGCUGAAGAGCCCCAGCUGUAACAGGAGUGGGCUGCUGGAGUGCGGGGCCUGCAGGUGUGACGAGGGUCACAUUGGGACAUUCUGUGAGUGUGAGGUGGGUGUGUUGGGACACGAGGACGCUGAAGAGCCGUGCCGACGGGAUAACACUUCAGAGGUGUGCAGCGGGCACGGGGACUGCGUCUGUGGGGAGUGCGUGUGUCACAAGAGCCGGAAGAACCCCAGCCACAACUACUACGGGACGUACUGCCAGUGUGACGACUUCCGCUGCGACCAGUACCAGGGUCUGCUGUGUGGGGGGCGGGGCAGUUGUGAGUGCGGUGUAUGUCAGUGUUUCCCAGGGUUCAGUGGGAGCGCGUGCGAGUGUCCCCUCAGCGAGGAGGCGUGUCUGUCCCGGAGUGGCGAGCUCUGUAACGGAAAGGGCCGGUGCGUGUGCGGGACCUGCGUCUGUCAGGACAGCCGCUUCCAGGGCCCCACCUGUGAGAUCUGCCCCUCCUGCCCUGACGUCUGCACCGAGCACAGAGACUGUGUCCUGUGUCGGGCCUUCCUGCACGGGCUGAAGCAGGGGGAGUGCAAGAGGAAGUGCGACGGCUUCAACCUCACGCUGGUGGCCGAGCCCGCCCACCUCCCGCCGGAGGACCACGGCAGCGGCCACCACAGGUGCCGGGAGAAGGACACGGACGGCUGCUGGGUGCACUUCCUGUAUCAGGCCGGGCACAGGGGGCGGUUUGCCCACAUCCACGCCUCUCUCAGGCGAGAAUGCCCAGCAGGCCCUGAUGUGGUUCUGAUCACAGCCCUAGUGUCGGGCUCCAUUGUGCUGCUCGGAGUGGCCCUGCUGCUGGUCUGGAAGCUGUUCACCACCAUCCACGACAGGAGGGAGUUUGCGCGCUUCCAGAGAGAGCUAGAGAAGGCCAGGUGGAACAUGGACGAUAAUCCACUCUACAAGAGCGCUGUCACAACUGUUCUCAAUCCCAAGUACAAGGCCCAGUGAUGGUCCUCUCUGUGGUAACACAAUAUCUCUUCACUCACAUUUCCUUUCAGGGGUUAUGCUCAAACCAGAAUGUCAUCCAAAUAAAGGCAACAGAGGAUUAAGGCUGACGUGAAGAUCCUUUGUUUAAUGUCUACAU